GUUCAUCUGUGGAGUUCAUGAGUUUACCAACUCAACCACAACCAACGCUUACUUCCGUCCGAGAUCGGAUUGGACACUUCCAACUCACUGCUUAACUGGGUGGUAGUAGAAAGUGAUAGUUGAGAAAAAAAGUUCCCACAGACCACUAACUUGCAUUUCUGAGCGUAGCAUAUCAACCAAUUUAGUUCACGUAGAGGAAGUUGCAAACAAUAGCAGUUUGUGAAGAGGUGAAGGGCGUGCGAAUCGGAUUUGUGCAUGGGAUUAACCUUUGUCUAAAACUGAAUUCACUUCCAAUUUUUAUGUCAGAUAGUCAAAACCUGCAGUCAGUCUCGGAAUAUGCUUAAAUAAAUUAUUAAAUUGGCAGCCCCUAAUUUGAAUAAGUGGACAAGUUACUAUUGCAGCUAAAGGAGUGUGUCGUAGUAAAGUUUCCAGUGGAGUGAACCCGAAAAUGGGACAAAACCAAGUGAAAGAAAAAUCUCGAGAAGAGGACGACACGUCCACGCCCAUUUUAAUGUCAAACCUAAAUUCCGACGAUUCUGGGGAGAAAAACCAAGUCAGCUUUCACCAGUUGGCAUAUCGCGGAUACAUUGAUGAAAUUAAAUUAAUCUUGACAAAAGAUGAUUUUAGUGGAGAAUCCAUCGUGAGAAAGUUGGAUUCACUGAAUAAAACACCAGUUCACAAUGCUGCGCUGGGUGGUGGACGAUCGAAAACGGAGCUGGUGACGAUGCUCUUGAAACAUGACCAGGACGAUGUCCGUUCCAACAAUUUAGAAAAACUCGUCAACUUGAGGGACACCAAGGGGAGAACAGCUCUCCAUUACGCCGCCGCCUCUAGACGCCCUGAUCUCAUUGCAAAACUGCUCAACGAUUUUGAAGCCGACCCCAACAUUGUGGAUGCUGAAGGCUGCACCCCUCUGCACAUUUGUUCUUUACAAGGAUACUCUGAGGAGGACGUGACGUGUUUGGAAGUUCUUCUCAAGUGUCCUCAAGUAAAUCGUUAUCAGCUCUGUGGACCAGCCAGGCAUGAGCAAUCGGCCGUUCAUCUCGCAGCAAAUGCAAUGGCGGACAAAGUACUAAAGCACUUACUCAACAGUGGGUUUGACCACAGCAAGCAGGACAGUCGAGGACUUUCCCCCUUACACCUUGCCGUAAAUGCUGGUGACACUCCAGAAGCAGUGGCAUGCGUCAAGGAACUGUUGAGGGCGUGCAAUAUAAAGGAGGUGAACGCAAAAUCUGCGGAAAACGGUCAGACUGCUUUGCACAUGGCGGCGUACAAGUGUCAUUUCAACGUUCUCCGAGCCCUCUUGGACGAAACUAACACGGACAUUUGGGUGCUGGACGAUCAGAAAAGAACAGCCCUCCAUUGGGCAACGGAAGCAUGGUUCAGAAAUCAGAGUUUGGCAUGCAUCAAGUUGCUGGUUGAGAGCAACAAGGUGGCGGAUUGGCAGGACAAGGCCAACUUUCUCUACGGAGACAACACUGGGGAUCCGAGAAGCAAAUAUAAGAACGAGACGGCGAUGGAAAUUGCUCUAAAACAUAAGGCCAUUCGCAUUACGGAAUAUCUCAUCCAGGCGCACCCCUCUCCGGAAGCAUGGUUGGAUGACCAAAUGAUGGACAAGAUUUACAGAACGCUGCCCGAAGCCAUGAUUCCUUUGAUGAACAGCAAAGGGCUGACUUACAACCCUGCCAAGUUUCAUGAACGGAACGAGUCGAUUGAUGCAAGUUUUGGUUGUCUGACUGGCUACGCAGAUCUCGAGGAAGACGAUCCCGGAUAUCCGGUCAAGCACGAGACGAAAUACUUGCACUCCAUUCUCCACGCUCCCAAAGAGAUUCAGCAGAGUUUGCUCUUACACCCGCUCAUUCAAAUAUUCAUUGACAUCAAGUGGAAAAAAAUUCAGCAACUCACGUGGAUCACCAUAAUCUUCCAGUUCAUCUGGCUACUGCUCUACACCGUCCUGGUCUUCGAAGUCUAUGUGCCUGAUUGUAAGGAAGAAGUGAAUCCUGGAAUUGAUAGCAUGACGAACGGAGAAACGCCUAAAAACAAGACGAGAAGUCUGAAAUUUCUGCUCAGUCUUGGAUUCUACUCAUCGGAAGACUCUAACAUUAACGACUGCGUUUUUAACACGGGAGCCGCCAUCUCCAUCGUGGUUGUGCUCUACGUAAUGAGUGCCUUCGUCGUCAUGAAGGAGAUUUUCCAAAUGCUGAACAAUCGCAAGUACUUUCGAAGCUAUGCAAACUGGGCCCAAUGGACUUUGCUGAUUGUCUUCUUCAUCAACUCGAUCCCCGCGUUUUACUCAUCACCGGAAAUUGAAAAAUGGCAGAUAUACUUGGCAGCAGCUGGAAUGUUCAUCGGCUGGGUUCUUAGUCUUCGCGAAAUUGCAAAGUUUCCGAAUUGCGGUAUCUAUUCCGCCAUCCUGAAAAAGGUAUUUUGGCACUGUCUGAAAAUGUUGGGGUUUUACGUCCCUCUUCUCGUCGCGUUUGCAUUGACCCUUCGGCUUCUGCUUCCAGGCAAAGGACAGUACAACUACCUAUUUUUCGGAAUUGUGAAGGUAUUGAUCUUGAUGACGGGGGAGCUUGACUUUGACGACUCUUUCUACAAAGACGAAGGACCCCAACUCGCCCUUAACUUCAUUUACGGGCAAUUCGUGUUCCUUCUUCUCGUUUUCGUCACCACCAUCGUCCUACUAAAUCUCCUCACCGGGUUGGCCGUCAACGACGUGCAGAGCUUGAUCGAGGAGGCAGAAAUAAAUCGGCUGAGCAACGAAUUGGAACAGAUUUUCCUCUUGGAGUCGCUCUUGCUCUUCAUUCGAGACAAACUUGGAAAAGGCUCUUUAGCCGAAUUUUUCCACAAAUUCAAUGUUACAUCAGUGGCGACACCACUCUACUACUACGUCACGUCUAAAAUUUCUGGGAUCGAGACUCGAUCGUAUUCUCCGGACUUGAAGAAGAGGAUCAAAAUGGUCAUGACUGCGGACGAAUCUUCGGAUUGAUCUCAAAAUUAGCUACAAUAAUGCUAGACUAGAACUAUUCACUUCUUUACAUAAGUACGGAUCUACAUUACGUUUAUAGUAAUGCAAUUUGUAUAGUGAGAGAAUCUCUUUCCGUCCAUGGGUUUUGUUUUGCGGUUUCCAACAAUCCCACUUCAGUAUUGCAGACACCUUUUGAUCUUUUUUGAGACUUGUUUUUUAGCAGUGUGUGCAUGCACAUACGAAAUACUCUCGUGUUCAACUGAGGAUGCAUUUUAUUUUAUUCGUAGUCCGAGCCAGGGCUUGAUUGGGUAAAGCCAUAAGCCAGGUCUUGGACCCAGUUGAAAAAUGAUCUAAAUUCAGAUAACUGUAAACGCUAGGGUUAAAUGGAAACUGUCCAUAAUUUACAUAAUUUCCGUUAAUGAUUAACCAACCUAAUCAAUAUUUUAUCUAUGCAGAUUUACGUAACUCUAGUGUAUGUACGUUUUAUAUUUUAAUUUGACAAUAAUAUACAAUUUUGCUUGCAUAAAGAAUGUUUCAAAGAAUGUUAAAA